GAAAUAGAUACCUCCGUUACCACCUCACUACCACCUACACUGCGGUCAGUACCUAGGUACCUACGUAGGUACUUAGCCAGGUACUUACCUACUGUAAGUACCUAAUACCUACCUGUAGGUAGGUAGGUCAUCAUCGCCCACGCCAUCCCGUUGUCCUGGACCUUUUCCCGACCCGACCGAACCCUCGAGUAAACACUCCCCAUGCAUAACGCCUGCACCAGUCGCACAUCUCACCUGCACUUUUUUUUGGACCUGAACCUGGGCUUGGAUUUGGUCCUUGACCUACGGACCUCGACAUCUAUCCAGCCUCCAUCCUCCAUCCCGCCUAGACAGCGAUUCACGGCGAUCCUCUCCGUCACAGACGACAUAGACGACAUAGACGACAUAGACGGCACAGACGGUCCAGACGACCCUCGGCUGGCCCUACCGUUAUUGACCAUUCAACGGACUGCUUUUGUCAGCCUGUGCCACGCUGCAUCGCUGCAGUGCAUUCUCUCCCACAGCACAGGCACGACCUACGACGCCGACGCAUUGUGUCAUCCCAGCAGUGCUCACUGUGCUUCUGGCCAACCAAUCCUGCCUCCCCCAGACUUCCUCCCUCGGCAUACCAGCAACCAAACAGAGCGAACCACAACGAACCACCCUCCGAGCAACACCUGGCCUGGUGAUUCCUCUUUGCCCCUUCGUGCAGAUUCCCAACCAGUGCUGUCCAUUGUUCGGAACUAUCCUCGGACGUACAUAGCUACCACGAAAGGGUUAGCGACAACAGACCCGGCGGACAAGUGCACCGGCAAGCAGUGGCAAUAACGCCAGUGCUCGCUUGCUCAUCUCUUGCAGCCAAGACAUUUACGAUACCUUGUUGUCGACGUACUUCGAUCAGCAUACCUUGAAUCGGUCAACCCGCAUGUCAGCGCCCCUUUACGGUGCCCGUACUACGAUGGUCGUUGCUGACG